UCGGAUCUUCAUCUUCCUCCUUUUCUUCUUCUUCUUCCUCCUCUUCCUGCUUCCUUUCCUCCCUCCUUCCUUCAUUCCCUCCUUCCUCGCAGUGUCCACAUCCUCUCGACAUUGUCGGUCACUGCAGAGAGAGAGAGGGAGAGAGAGAAAUUACCCUUGCAAUUUCCCCUCUCCUUCUUCAGCUCCUUUCUCACUUUUUUCACUCACCACGUCGGUUUCCACUCGGGAGAGAAACUGCAGAAGUUCCUUGGCUGCGAAGGCGCGUUGGAGUGGGGAGGAGUUUCCCAUUAUUUAAUGUCUUGGAUUGGCCGGUUCCGUGUUUGAGAGGUGAGGCGCCGUGAGUGAGGGGGGGAGGAGGAGGAGGAGGAGGAGUAGCGAUCAUGGAGAGCUACUUGAACGAGAACUUUGAUGUGAAGGCGAAGCACUCGUCGGAGGAGGUGCUCGAGAGGUGGAGGAAGCUCUGCGGUGUGGUGAAGAACCCCAAGCGCAGGUUCCGCUUCACCGCCAACCUCUCCAAGCGCUAUGAGGCCGCUGCUAUGCGCCGCACCAAUCAGGAGAAGUUGAGGAUUGCAGUGCUGGUCUCGAAGGCUGCAUUCCAAUUCAUCCAAGGGGUUCAACCAAGUGACUACACUGUUCCUGAGGAAGUCAAAGCGUCAGGUUUUCAAAUUUGUGCUGAAGAGCUGGGAUCAAUUGUUGAGGGUCAUGAUAUAAAGAAGCUGAAGUUUCAUGGUGGAAUAGAAGGUAUUGCAGAAAAGCUUUCCACAUCAACCACAAAUGGGCUCACUACUGGUGCUGAGCUUAUGGACCGUAGGCAAGAGAUUUUCGGCAUAAACAAAUUUGCUGAGAGCGAGCCUCGAAGCUUCUGGAUAUUUGUAUGGGAAGCAUUACAAGACAUGACCCUCAUGAUCCUUGCAGCAUGUGCAUUUGUCUCCUUGAUAGUUGGCAUUGCAAUGGAAGGAUGGCCCCACGGUGCCCAUGAUGGCCUUGGAAUCGUCGCAAGUAUCUUGUUGGUCGUCGUUGUAACAGCGACAAGUGAUUAUCGCCAGUCCUUGCAGUUCAAAGACUUGGACAAUGAGAAAAAGAAGAUAGCCAUUCAAGUGACGAGAAAUGGAUACAGGCAGAAACUCUCGAUAUAUGAGUUACUUCCUGGUGAUAUCGUGCACCUCUCUAUUGGAGAUCAAGUUCCUGCAGAUGGGCUUUUCAUCUCUGGGUUUUCUGUAUCGAUUGAUGAAUCAAGUCUAACUGGGGAAAGCGAACCAGUAAUGGCAAGCGCUGAAAACCCGUUUAUGCUGUCUGGAACAAAAGUCCGCGAUGGGUCAUGCAAGAUGCUGGUGACCACUGUUGGGAUGAGAACACAAUGGGGCAAAUUAAUGGCGACUCUCAGCGAGGGAGGCGACGAUGAAACUCCAUUACAGGUUAAGUUGAAUGGAGUGGCUACGAUCAUUGGCAAGAUAGGCCUUUUCUUUGCAGUAGUGACUUUUGCCGUCCUAGUGCAAGGAUUAGUAAGCCGGAAAUGGCACGAGGGGAGUUACUUAAGCUGGUCGGGAGAUGAUGCAUUAGAAAUGUUGGAAUACUUUGCUGUUGCAGUCACUAUUGUUGUGGUUGCCGUUCCUGAGGGAUUACCUUUAGCUGUGACCUUAAGUCUUGCUUUUGCCAUGAAGAAGAUGAUGAACGAUAAAGCCCUUGUUCGCCAUUUGGCGGCUUGUGAGACUAUGGGGUCUGCCACAAGCAUUUGCAGUGACAAGACUGGCACACUGACCACUAACCGCAUGACCGUUGUGAAAUCGUGUAUGUGCCUGAAUGUGGAGGAAGUGGUCAAUGGCAAGAACCUAUCCUCUGAAAUUCCUGAUUCGGCGUUGAAGAUUCUCCUCCAGUCUAUAUUCACUAACACGGGAGGAGAAGUUGUCGUGAACAAGAAAGGGAAGCGCGAGAUCCUGGGGACGCCGACAGAGACGGCCAUAUUAGAGUUUGGUCUGUCACUCAGGGGAGACUUUCAAACCGAGCGGCAAAAAAUAAACCUUGUGAAGGUUGAACCUUUCAACUCAACCAAGAAGAGGAUGGGGGUUGUGGUCGAGCUUCCAGGAGGAGGUUUUCGGGCCCAUACCAAGGGUGCUUCAGAAAUAGUUCUCGCUGCAUGUGAUAAGUUCAUCAAUUCAAGUGGCGAAGUUGUCCCGCUGGACGAAGUAGCAAAUAACCACCUAAAGGCCACAAUUGAUCAGUUUGCCAGCGAGGCCCUGAGGACUCUGUGUCUUACUUACAAGGAACUGGGAAGUGAACUCUCUGCUGAGAGUCCUAUUCCCGAGUCAGGGUACACUUGCAUCGGGAUUGUUGGUAUUAAGGAUCCUGUUCGUCCUGGGGUAAAGGAGUCUGUGGCAGUUUGUCGCUCUGCUGGUAUUACUGUGAGGAUGGUUACUGGAGAUAAUAUAAACACUGCUAAGGCAAUUGCCAGGGAGUGCGGGAUCCUUACCGACGAUGGUAUAGCUAUUGAAGGCCCAGAUUUCCGAGAGAAGAGCGUGGAGGAGUUGCUCUCACUAAUCCCGAAAAUUCAGGUGAUGGCUCGGUCCUCGCCGCUAGACAAGCACACACUGGUUAGGCACUUGCGUACUACUUUUGAUGAAGUUGUGGCAGUGACUGGAGAUGGUACAAAUGAUGCCCCAGCACUUCAUGAGGCAGAUAUUGGACUGGCAAUGGGCAUAGCAGGAACCGAGGUUGCUAAAGAGAGUGCAGAUGUUAUUAUCUUGGACGACAAUUUCUCCACCAUUGUGACAGUGGGCAAAUGGGGACGUUCCGUGUACAUUAACAUUCAGAAGUUUGUGCAAUUCCAGCUGACUGUUAAUGUGGUGGCACUGAUUGUCAAUUUCUCUUCUGCCUGCUUGACUGGGUCUGCUCCCCUCACAGCAGUUCAGCUUCUCUGGGUCAACAUGAUAAUGGAUACAUUGGGAGCACUUGCACUUGCGACUGAGCCGCCCAAUGACGAGCUGAUGAAGCGCCCUCCGGUUGGAAGGAGAGGGAACUUCAUUAGCAAUGUCAUGUGGAGGAACAUCUUGGGGCAGUCCCUAUACCAGUUUCUGGUGAUAUGGUUUCUUCAGGCCAAAGGGAAAGCACUUUUCGGGCUUGAGGGUCCUGGCUCAGAUCUUACCUUGAACACCCUCAUCUUCAAUUCGUUCGUCUUCUGCCAGGUCUUCAACGAGAUAAACUCUCGUGAGAUGGAGGAGAUAGAUGUCUUGAAGGGCAUACUCGACAACUAUAUCUUUGUAGGAGUCCUGAGCUGCACUGCAUUCUUCCAGAUCAUAAUCGUCGAGUACUUGGGAACCUUUGCAAACACCACACCUCUCUCCUUUGGGCAGUGGUUCCUCAGCAUCUUCUUUGGGUUCUUAGGAAUGCCUGUUUCUGCCGGUCUAAAGAAGAUCCCGGUGUGAAGGGGAAUGAACUCACUCCUCAUCGCUGACUCUUAUCCGUAAAAUCACUUGAAAAGACAUUAUGUUCUGGGUUCGGAGUCUUUCUUAGGUGGAGUAUCGAUCGGAGAUGUUCGAGCUCAGUUAUUUUUUUCCACACAAAGGCUGGGGGAAAAUUUUCGACUUGGACCGUGUGUACAUUUUUUUGCAAAUUAAUCUCGACCGUGCAGGACCACGGUGUUCUCUAGAUGAUGCAGAAACCAAUUAAAUUGAGCAAUGGGCAAUAAAGCCCGAGAAAAAAAAAGGAAAAAAAAAAGGACAUUUUCCGUGUUCCAUUUUAUAUUCCAUUUUUGUUCUCCGGUUUGGAGUUAAAUUCUUUCUGCACAUUAUAUUAAUGUUUUGUCAUAGCGAUGAUUUUCUCUAACA